AUGUCUCUGGGCACAUUUCACCUCAUGCAGACCCUGAAGAACUCUCCAGCAGCGCUCCGCCGCCGCUUCAAGAGAGACCGCCUGGAGAGCCUGUCCCACGGUGACCCGCUCUUCAAGGUGCACUACCUGGGCACAGAGAAGAUCUUCUCCCUGGACCGGGAGCAGGCUCAGCACGCCAUCCAGCACCUGCUGGAUGGCAUCUCAAACGGGAAGAAACUGGGAAAGGACCACGCUCUGGUGGUACGGCCGCGUUACGUGGAGGUCAAAGAGCUGAGCACAGGGCGGCAGCUCACAAAGACUUACCUCCAGGACAUAGCGUACUGUGCUGCAGAUGCCACCAGGCCCAAUGUGUUCCUGUACAUCUGUAAGCACCACGGGCAGCAGCUGCAGUGUCGAGUCUUCUGGUGCAGCCGGGCCGAGCGGGCCAAGGACAUGACCACAUGUCUGGCACACUCCUUCCAGAGGGCCCUCAGCGACUGGCAGGACGGGUCCAACACACUGGCAGCAAAGACCAAGGGCAUGGAGGAAACUACGAAGUCCAUCACAAAGAGCCACACGCUCCCGGCCAGUAUCGGCAAAGUUCGCUGGAAGAAGAGAGGCUCUGUGUCUCGCAGCCCUCACCGAGCCAUCACCAGAAGGGGCUCCGCAUCAGACAGCUAG